GAUUAACUGAAGGCUCCUCAGUUUACUGUUUUUCUUUUGGGGGAAAAAUAUCCGUAAAAUGUCGAGGAAGAGAAAGUACAGCGAAGACGACGACGAAGACGACACCUUUUACUAUCGAUACUCCUCCGCACCAUCACCGGCGCCGUCGUCGUCGUCUUCCGCCGCAUCCAUAACCGUUUCCACUUCAAAAUCCUCGCGCGGCGGUGGCGGAAGCAGCGGCAGCGGUGGACUAGCUCCAUCAAAGUCAACAGUUUACGUGAGUAAUCUCGAUUAUACCCUGACAAAUUCCGACCUCCACACAAUCUUCUCCACCUUCGGCAAGGUAGCAAAGGUAACUGUAGUUAAAGAUCGAGUCACCCGAAAGAGCCGUGGGGUAGCAUUCAUCCUUUUCGUUUCUAGAGAAGACGCAAUCAAAGCCGUUAAAGGAAUUGACAAAAAAGUCCUGAAUGGACGAACCCUAACGGCUUCAAUCGCAUCCGAUAAUGGCCGUGCAGCUGAGUUUAUUAGGAAGAAGGUUUAUAAGGAUAAGAGUAGGUGUUACGAAUGUGGGGAAGAAGGGCAUUUAUCGUAUGAGUGUCCGAAGAAUCUGCUUGGACCAAGGGAAAGGCCUGAACCACCGAAGAAAGGGCGGAGGGGUGGUGGUGGUGGUGGUGAUGGAGGAGGAGGAGGAAGAGGAAAGGGGGGUGAUGGGGGUGGGGAGUGGGAGGACGACGAGGAAGAGGAGGCGGAUGAUGAAGGGGGAGCGCGUUUUGAUGACGAUAAUUGGGCUUCUGUGGUGGAUAGAGGAGCAGAGGAGAGGUUAUUGAAGGGAGAUAAUGAGGAAUUCAAGAAGGAGGAAAGGAAGGAGAAGAGGAAAGGUUAUUUUAGUGAUGAGAGUGAUGAGGAAGAUUGACAGUUUUUUCUUUUUUAGUGGAAUUAGAUGAGGAAAAUGGGUGCUUUUAAGCUUGUUUCUGAAGUUGAGGAAGGAUUUUCAAUGGUGUUAAGUGAAGCUUGGUAAUGCUAUAACUAUAAACAGUGGAAAGUAACCAAGAAAUAAGGUUGCUUGCACUUUCUGCAUUAAGAGUGUGCCUCGUGACACCAUCUUACAAGAAAUAAAUUUUGCAGAAUACAGUUGCUCUCUUUCAUUUAUAACCAGGUGUUACUUUAAUCUAACAGCUCCAAUUCUGCAGCUGUGUGCUUAGCGAUGAUGUCUUAUUUCAACACUCUUCCCAGAGUUCGCCCCUCAUCCUAGCUUAACAUACUUCAUUUUGUAUUCACUGUUAGUGCGCUGUUAUUCAUACAUAGUCUCUUGCCACUCAGCUCCUUGGAUGGAGAAGAUCUAUUUGUUACUUACAUCAGCAUCUAUAUCUGGAGGCUAGUGGUUUUUCUUCUCAAGUGGCUUAAUUUCUCUUUUUGCUAGUAAAGAAGAAAGUAACGUGUUUAUUCACGAGGUUGCAACAUGUUUGUUGUCAGUCAUAUCUCCCUCGAUCUUUGUCAUUUUUGGUCAGGGAAUUAGAGCUUGCAAAGAUUUUUGAUGUCCCUGUUAUAUUUCAAGAAUCGCUUCAAAGUUUACUUCAGUGGAAUAGAACAACUCACUGAGAGCACCAUAUUCAGGUACUCCAAGCAUGGCGAUGCAAGCCAUUGUAUGGCACUUCUGUUUCUCUGUGGAUCAACAACUUGAAAAGUUAGUUAGGUUGUUCUUUACUUAAGGAGGAACUUAUACAGAAUAUUGCCUGUAAUAUCGAACUUACCUGAAAACAAAAUGCAAAAUUUCAUAUGCUUUGAAGAUGUAAUGUUACCAACUUCAUGGAACUUCAUUGUAUUAUUAGCUGGUCCAGCUUGAUUUUCUUUCUGAAAGGAGUACAGAUAAUAUUGGUUUGGUUUGUCAGACUGAA